UUCCCCGAAAACGUCUGUGCUUUGGUUCCGCGACGCAAAUUUGUGCGAUAAAAGUGCAGUGAAACCGUUCGUAAAAUGUAGUCAAAAUACGUGCAUUUCUUUCCGCCGGUUACCCGCUCGUGUUUGAUGUUACUUGUGGCCCGGGACCGGACCGUUUCGGGGCGAAAAUUGCGUUUUCAAAAUCGGGGUGAAACCAGUGAAAAAAUCUCCCAAUCAACAAUGGCGGCGACCAUGGUCUUCUUCUUGUUGCCGUCGUCAUCCUGGUCGCAGAAGCAGCAGCAAAAGUGGUCUACCAUCGUCCACAACGAAGCGAUUGUUGAGAUCACCGCGGUCGGCACCAGCGGAAGCGCUUUGGAUUUCGGUGGUUGAUGCGGGCUGCUGCCAAGUUCGCGGAAGCGAUUAUAUUUAGUAAAUAUUUUCAUGGCGAUUUCUAAAGUGUUGAGAAGAGAAAAAACUUGAUAGUAAGUGUUGUGACCGGAUAUACUCAUCGAAUCCUGAGUGAGUGGCUUAAGAAAAAAAAAGUGCGAAGCUGAGUCGAAAGCCAGUGGAACUGACCAACUUGGCGAAUUAUAAAAGUGAAUAAUCAAUAUAAACAAUGUUUUGGGGUGAAGAAUAUAUUGUGCUGGAUUCGGAAAGUAGAUUUUGUUUACAUUCUACUGUCGUAACUAUCGAGAAGAGUCAUUAUUUUGAGUGUCCAAAAGGUGUGUCGCGCAAAGUAACGUGGAAGAGCAAGUGAAAAGGUAGCUCUAAUUGAGAUUGGGAACGAGAUUAGUUACUUAUGGAUCCGGAGCAAAUAACUCUUGAUGAGGAUUUCGACGAUGGGUCUACAGAUGGAGGCUAUGGAGAGUAUGAUUUUAUUCAACAACAGGAUCAGGAUGCUUUGUCAAUCAGUGCAUCGCCGUUAGAUGCUAUUUUGGAUCCUACGACUAUACCAGUCGUUUGUCAGACGCCCUUGGUUGGCGAAUCUUUGGAGCUACCGCUUCAGAUCACUGCUCCUGGUAGUGGCAUUCAUCAGCUACAUAAACACCAAUCGCAACAGGAUACUGCUGUUCCAGUUGUGCGGCCAAUCACAAUCCCUCUGACUGGCCGUUUUGGUCUCGGAGGAGGGAAACCCUCGGCCGCCGCACUUCGCCGUGGACCUGGUCGACCGAAGAAGGAUUUCCUCCCGCUGUUAAAGAUGUCGUCGAACCCGCCCGGUGCUGGUAACGGGACCGGCGGAAUUCCGGCACUUUCGGGUACUAUGCUGAAAUUCAGCGGUGGAGUCCUUACCGGAACCAACCUGGACGCAAAAGCCAUUAAAAGAUAUAAGAGUUCUAAUGUAGUUCGUGGUAGUAUUCCUAAAAGGAAAAGCGACACGACCCUAUCCAGUUUGGUGGGCGAAGGAAUGUCUUCUUCCUCCUCUGGCUUAGUACCGCUAUUGCUUCCGUCUCCUGGAGAUGAGACACCGAACGCCAGCACGGCCAAUAGCUCGGUAGCAUCAACACCAACAGCUGAGAUGGAAAUCGAUCCGGCCUUGUUGAUGCCCGCCCCGGAGGAGUCACCGUACUUUCCCGAGAAGUACACCGGUAAGUUGUGCGCGUUGUGCAACCUGGGCGAGCGCAGCCAACUGGGGCAAGGCGAAAUGUUACGCAUAGAGGUGAAGGACGAUGCACAGCUUGCGGUGGCAGCCGCUCUGCAGUCACAGGAGGAGAAAAGUCCAAUGGUGAGCCCCAGUGAGAGCCCAAAAACGGGAAACGUACUUGGAGUACCGCCACUACUCAGUAGUAACAAAAGACAGAAAGGUUUAAACAAGUGCAAGAAUCCAGUGAUUACGGCAGAAUACGUGGAUGAACUGGAGAAAAUUGGUCACGCCGAACCGACGGACUUCUCCGCCAUCAAUGAUGGCGGAUACUUCUAUAUCCAUCGAUCGUGUGCAAUUUGGUCUUUCGGUGUUGGCCGUGAUGCCAUCUCCGGAACCUUGAGCAAUCUGGAAGUGGUGGUAGCGCAGAGCUUAAGCAAAAAGUGCUACUUCUGUUCCAAAUACGGUGCUAGUCUGUCGUGUAAGAUGUCGUGUCCGAAAUCCUUUCAUUUUCCAUGUAUCGCUGCAGCCGGUGGUUUCCAAGUGAUCCAAUCGUACAACUGCUUCUGCAAAGAGCAUUUGGGACAAGUGCCUUUAGUGUGCUCGGACGACAUCAACUGCCGGCAAUGCUCGGGUUUGGGCGACGUUGGCAACCUGAUGAUGUGUUCGAUCUGCGGGGAUCAUUACCAUGGGAAUUGCGUUGGGUUGGCUCAGUUGCCGGGGGUACGUGCCGGUUGGCAGUGUUCCUCAUGCAAGAAGUGUCAGAUUUGUCGUGUGCCUGACUCAAGCGAGGGUCGAACAGUGGGCUGUGAGCAAUGCGAUAAAAUUUAUCACGCAAGCUGUUUACGACCGGUAAUGACUUCGAUUCCAAAGUUCGGGUGGAAGUGCAAAUGUUGUCGAGUGUGUUCCGAUUGUGGAUCUAGAACACCUGGUGCCGGAGCGUCUUCACGGUGGCAUUCCCACUACACGGUUUGCGAUUCUUGCUAUCAGCAGCGAAAUAAAGGAUUCUCGUGCCCGAUUUGUCAUCGAGCGUACCGAGCGGCGGCCCACCGAGAAAUGGUGAAGUGUAGCGGGUGCAAUAAGUUUGUGCAUAGCACGUGUGAUCCAGAAGCGGAGCUUACAGUUUAUCACGCGAAAAAGGAAAGCAAUCCAGAUUAUGAGUAUUUGUGCAGUCCAUGCAAACUGACUUUCCAUUCAGGUCGAAUCGCUGCAAUGCGGAGGAAUAGCAGUUUCGAUGAUGAUAACAUGUCUGUUUCACAAGAGAGCCUCAAUGAGGACCCGUUAGAGCUUGAUCCAGAACCAAGAGAACGGAUUAGCAUUGGUGAUAUUGGAUUAGGCAAAGGAAAACCGUAUGUGGCAAGCAAAAUUGCUAAAAAGAGACUGGGACUUUCAUUGAGUGGUGGUUCUAGGCCAAAAGGUACCGGUAAAGGAUUUCAGAAAAAGUCCCGCUCGGCUGAUUUCAGCCGGAAACGAGGUCCCAAAGCCAAAAUGCGUGGCAUUUUUGGCGUUCCUGGUAUAGGACUACAACGCCCAACGGCUGAUGUAUCUACAAGUAAAUCUUCAGAAGACGAACCCGGUGGGGAUAAUCGACUAGUUCUGUGCUCUGCCAAGGAUAAAUUUGUUCUAACGCAGGACAUUUGUGUCAUGUGUGGGGCAAUCGGAACUGACCAAGAGGGUUGUUUAAUAGCUUGUACUCAAUGUGGCCAGUGCUAUCAUCCGUACUGUACUAAUGUUAAGGUGACUAAAAUUAUCUUGCAAAAGGGUUGGCGUUGUCUCGAUUGUACGAUAUGUGAAGGUUGUGGUCAGCGGAAUGAUGAAGGAAGAUUGAUUCUUUGCGAUGAUUGUGACAUUUCGUACCACAUAUAUUGUAUGGAUCCUCCGUUGGAGCAUGUGCCUCAAGGCAAUUGGAAGUGUAAGUGGUGUGCAAUCUGUUUGAAGUGUGGAUCCAGUAAUCCUGGGCACAACAGUAAUUGGCUGAAUAACUACUCCGAAUGUGGUCCAUGUGCUAGUCAAGUGAAUUGUCCUGUUUGUUCCGAAGGAUACGUUGAGGGUGAGUUGAUUAUUCAGUGUAACACAUGCGAGCGGUGGCUGCAUUGUGGUUGUGAUCAGAUUAAAACAGAAAAUGACGCCGAGCUUUGCGCAGAAGAGGGUUAUAAUUGUUUGCUUUGUCGACCGAAUGAUUUACCUCCGCCUCAUUUAGUGCCCAAGAAAAAGGUUUUACCAACACCAAUCCCCGUUCCAAAGUUGACUCCCAAGCUAGAAGAGAAAAUCAUUCCACUUGCACUAGAGGGAAACCAUUAUUUGGAUGGAGUGUAUCUUAGUGAGCACGGUCUUCACCAAAUAAAAUCUCUGCAGGCAGAAUUUGGGAAGCGCGGAAAACGGAAACCCAGAACUCAACUGGAACCGCCUUCCAAGGACAAGGACGAUGGCAUAAUGGCUGCCAUUGAAUCUGUCAUAGCAGGAAGCAGUUUAGAUAAUUCUUUUGACGAUGUCAAAGUUGAACCAUUGGACCCCAAGGAGGAAGCCGAAAUUUACAAAGAUGGAAUGGUUUGGAACGAUCCGACUCCACCAGAGGGAUUCGCUUUAUGCACCAAUGAGCAAGGUAUCGUUGUGUUGAGGAAAAAGCGCCAAAGGAACCUUCAAAAAUUGGGAAUCGGGGGUUUCUUUGUGCGGAAUCGUACGGUACGGUCUAAGGAUGGAAAAGAUGAUGAUGAACUGAUCGAUGGAUUUGUCCCUCAACUUGGAGACGAUCCUGCACCUGAGGUCAAACCCAAAAAGAAACAAAUACGACGAAAACCGAAGAACAAGCUUAUCGAAAUUUAUCCAACCAUUCUUCAGGACGCUUUCUUCGGGCGCUCCUUACUUAAUACAAAUACAGCUCCAGUUAAAUUUGAGGUGCAUGAAAGUGAUGAUGAGGUAAAGAGCGAUGUUUCCGAAGAUAAAACUAUCAAAUUGACUCCUGCCGAAUUAAAGUUUGUGGAAGAGAUGAAAAUAAAGGAGGAACAAAAAGUACUCCAGGAACAAAAAGCUUUACAACAGAGUAUGGAACAUGCCCAGUCUCAGGCUAACAAAGUAUUACUUCCCAGUGCCAUGGGAUUACAAUCUGUCGGUGACAACGGAACGGGAGGAAUAAAAACUGAAGAAGACGAUAACAGCGAUUCUGAAACGCUCAAGGAUUUAGGGUUCCCAAAUGAUUUGAUUGAGGAGGAUUUUGUCAACAGCAUUAUAAACAAUGACGAUGAGUUAACGAAAACAUCGGCGGCUCUUGGAGAUUUUACGGCUGAUGGUGAGCUGGGCGAUGGAUUUAACAAGCCCUCUAAAAAUGAGUUGAAUGAUAUCUUGAACUCGGAUUUCAAUCUGGAUAAUUUAGACAGCAAAGAUGUAGAAGAAAUCUUUAAAAACGUACUAACUGAUGAGUCACAGGAAUCUCAAGAAUCAUUAUUCACAAAUUCGAUGACACCUUACACGUCUAGUACGUCCACUCCUUCUCACACUAUAGAUGUUUCAAAGAAAGCUAUGCCACAAAGAUAUCUCAACAAUCCUGUUAUGGGGCUUCAACAGCAGCCUCCGACGCCCACAAGUCAACCGAUGAUGGUUGACCCUAACUUGCAGGUCAAUAUGGGAAUGCAAUCACCGCAGACGCCACUCAUGAAUCAAAUGGGCAUGCAAUCACCUCACAUUCAGCAAUCGCCCCAGCACCAACCAAUGGGACCGAAUAUGAUGAUUCAGCAGCCAUCACCGCUCCAGCAACAACCGGGCACUCCCGGUACACCAAUUCAAUCCUUAUCGGCACCGACUACGCCACAGCCGCACCUGCCCAUGAUCCAACCUCAGCAAAUGCAACCCCAGCCGGGACAAGUUCAACUUCAACAAUCUCCGCAAACAAUGAUUCUCAAUCCUCAGCAGCAGCAGCAGCAACAGCAACAGCUUAACCGAGGGUAUUACACUAACAAUUUCCUUCCACAAAGGAAUCAAUUCAAUAUGGGCGAUCCUAUGCAACAACAGCAGCAACAAAUCGUGAGUCAGCAAGUAAUUCCGGGGGUACUGCCCCCUCAACAACAGCAACAAACACAACAGCUGCCGUCAGCAGCAGGGCCGGGCCAAGGGCAAGCGCAGUGGUCCCCUGUUGGCCAACCAAUGCAGACUGGCACCGGUAUGCCAAUGGUAUCGUCUAUCCCUGCCGGCCCGCCUAUGGGGCUCGGAUCUGCCGCGGUAGAAAUAAGUGCUACUAUGGGUGCCAUUGACGACGGCAUUGGAGCAAUAUCCGGUGCAUCUGCUGCUCAGAAAAUGUCCGAACGCAUGCGAUUAGAUGAACCACUUGGGGCUUUAGCCACGAUUUCAUCUGUUCUGUAUUGCAACACGGAACAUCCGGAAUUGAAGUUGGAGUAUCCCAAUUGGAGUGACCGUUGCAAACAGAUUUUCAAACGCUGGCGAUUGUUGUCUACCGAACAAAAACAACCAUAUCUUCAAAAAGCUCGAGAUAACCGAUCGGCCAUCCGGAUUAAAAAGUCUCAACAGGUACCACAAAUGUCACCUAAAGACGGCAAUAGUAAUAGUUCAGGUCAAGUGAAUGUAGUUCCAUCACCUUCCUCAUCUUCAUCAUCACAACCACCAUCAUCAGUCGUCGUGCAGCAGCAACAGCAGCAGCAGGGUGACAUGGCUGUAGAUUCCGCGCUUUUGAUCGGCACUGCUGAUCCUUCGCAAAUGAUGACCUCAAAUAUCCAGCAGCAGCAACAACUGCAGAUGCAGCUCCAGCAGCAACAGCAAGUCUUAAAACCAUUGCAGCUCCAUCAGCAGCAGCUACUAGAGGAUCAAGACAAGAUAAACUCACAGCAGAAGAGUAUGCGCGAAGCAGAACAGGAGCGGCAGUGGAAGCAACUGCAACAGCAGCGGGCUCGUGAGCAGCAAACGCAACAGCACAUGAUGAUGCCUGAUCAGAGGGUUCAAGAUCCCACAAUGCAACUACAGGUCACCACCGAUGGUGCCACCGCGAUGGGUCCCAUGGCUAGUCCGUCGCCUACAUCUCGAAAUCAAUUCGUCUCGCCGGUUAAUAAAAGUCGCAUGGUUCCGGUUGGUCAAAAUCCGCCAUCGAGUCCAGUUUCCAACUUUCAACAUCCCGGAAUGGGCAAUCGACCGAUGUCGGUUCCAAUUCAGCAACAGCGUCCUGGACUUCCCGGACAACAACGCCUCAAUCAAAGUCCAUUUUCUCCGCAGUCUCAACCUCCUCCGUCACCGCACGACAUGUUACCGGGGUCUCCCGCUAGUCAAAGCGGCAUGGAUCCGUUUGCCAGACCUCCCUCGGAAGGUUUGCCAGACAAUUACGUGCAUCAUUCGCCGCAAACGCCGCGCUCAGUUGGUCAUCAAAGUCCAAUUCAAACACCUAACCGCAGCCCGGCGUAUUCCGGUCAACCAAUGUCCAAUCCCCAGACGCCGAUGAGAAUCAACCUUGAUACGCCGUACGCUCAGGCUCCAGGUACACCGAGACCUCAAUUUGCUGGAAAUCAAGGACGACAAACUGUUUACGCUAGACCCGGUGAGGUAUUCAGCCCUGUCCAGAACUCUCCAUUCACUUCGCCGCGCCAAGAUGGGUUCAAUCAACCUGUGCAGGAAGGCAACCGACAGCUGCGAGAUUUGUUACAGCGGCAGCAACUUCCUACCAGUGGUACAGGCCAAGUGAUGGUACAGCCUCAACAACCGACAUUGCAGUCACCACAGCCCAUGCAGCCACAGUCUCCAUUUAUGGAAGAUCCGCAAGCGGUUGGACAAAUACAGCAACCUCAACAACAACAACAACCUCAGCUACAAUCACAACUCCAACCACAGCUACAAUUGCCAAACCAGCAGCUGCAAGCAGCUCCAAUGGACAACGGCACAUUCCGGCAACCGUUGCCUCCAAACAUGAUGGCUCGGCCACGGAUGCCAAUACCCGCUGGUGGAAUGCGACCACAAAACCCUAACAUGGUGUCUGGUCCUAAUGGUCCCAUAAUUAGACAGCAGAUUAUCCGAACAGCGUCUGGAGGGCAAAUGUUGAUUACGCAACCAAUGCAGCAACCACAAAUGAUACGUCAACGUAUGCAGCUACCCAACCGUCCGGAUGGAUCAUUUGUUACGCAAAUUCAAUCCGGAAGUCCUAUCCAAACGCUGGGUCAACCACAAAUCGGACAAAUGUCGAACACAUUAACAUCACAAACAGAUCAACAGAAUAUUGCGUUAUUGGCUCAACGACUCGCUGGCGAAGGAGACGCACAUGCGCCAACAUCAAGCAGUACCCAAGGUAAUCCAAGUACUGUUACACAGGCUCAGUCAACGAGCGGUGCGGAAGGUGCUUCCGAAAUUCCGGAUAGCGUAUCGGCAGAGCUUGAGAAAUUGGAGCAGGAAGAUAAUACAGGCAUUGGUGAGGUUGAGGGUGUUGGAGACGAUAUCCUCGGAGGACUGGGUGAUGAUGAUGAUGAACUGCUCGAUUCCUUGACAGCUGAGAUGGGAGCUGAUUUCAAUAUUUUGGAAUACGCAGACCCAGAGCUAGACACAACCGAUGGAGAAAAAUCGAAUUUACUGGACAGCUUGGAGCUAGACGAGCCGGAAGGUGAAAAAUCGGAGGACACUUCAAAGCUUAGUGCCCCAGCGGAUACGUGCAAAUCAGAAACCAUGGAUGCUAGUGACAAUGCCGUUGAUGAUUCGAAACUACAACGACCUCUAGCCAUGACGCAGAAUACGAUGAUGGCAACGUCGUCUACGGUCGUUACGCAACAGCAAAUGUCGGCAGGAGUGAUGGUACAGAGUCAGCAGCAAAUGUUGCAAACUCAGCAAAUACAAUCGAUGCAGCAACAAUUACCUAUCCAACAACAGCUAUCCCAUGGCAUAGGACAGCAACAGCAGCCCACACAGCUGCAGCAAUUGAUAAGCGGCGGACAAGCUUUGGGCCCCCAAGCACAAACGCCACCUCAGCAGCUUCAACAACAAUUGCUCGCUGGCCAGAUGAAGACUAUACGACCAUUGACGCCAGCCCAUCUUCAACAAAUUCAACAACAAAUGCAGCAACAGGUUCAGCAUGCCGCAGCAAUUGGAAAACCAAUGGCAGUCGGAACGAAAUUGCUAUCCAAAGAUGGCGCCGUGGGCGUAGUUACUGCAAACAACACUGUGUCUGUCAGUGUUCGAACAGGACUAUUGAACCAGUCGCGUAUACAACAGUUGAAGCUAGACCAUCCGGGAGGAAUGGUUCAACAGAAUUUAAUCCAAGGCCAACAGCAACCCAGAAUCAUUCAACAGAUUCAAGGAAACCGCAUCAUUCAGACUGUUGCUAAUCCGAACCAGCCGGGUCAAACGUCGGUUGGUCAAUCGGUUUUGCAUCAACAACUUCAGCAACCAGCUCCACAAGUACCAGGUGCCGGUCCCGUAAGCGUGCCGGGCCAAGCGCCUCCGCCACCUUAUCCGGAGCCACCACCGCCAUACCCGGGAAUCCAGCCUGGUGCUUUAUCAGGAGCCCCUGGGGUCAAUCAGGAGCAAAGGCUGCUAUUGGAAGAUCUGCUGGAGCAGGAGAAACGGGAACAGGCUGGCCAGCUGGCGGCGGCCAGUGGCGAUGUUCACAAUCAAAACAUGUUGUGCGAACAGGACUUUGAAACACUCUUGAAUAAUCAACAACAGCAGCAACAUCAAUCACCUCAGCAAACCGGGAUGCGUGUGGUUCAGCAGAACAUUAUCCAAAGUCAGCCGGGUGGCCAGGUUACUACUCAAAUGCAGAUUCAACACCAGCAGAAUCUUUCACAACAGCAGCAACUGCAGCACCCACAACCGAUUCAGAUGCAAUCUCCAGUAGGUAGUGGACCGCCAGGAGGUCAGUUUAUUAUGCAACAGCAGCGCAUCUCAACACCGCAAUGGCGUCCACAAACUCCAGUGCCUGGGGGUGCUGUAGCGAACUUGAUCAAUCCUUUGAACAAAGCCGCUGGGCCGAGUGGGGUUCAACCCAUGGCACAGCCACCGAUGGAACCGACCCAUAAGCCGAUUCAAAUGUAUCAGGCAAACCUACAACCGGCACCUCCUGUCCCGCCAGAGAACAUUACAAACGAUCAAGAGCGACAAACGCAAAUCACAUAUGAAAAUUGGAUGAAUCAACAAAACAACUCAUUGACCAAUCAGUUAAAACAUUACGAAACGGAGAUUGGGAAAUUGCGCAAGGUUAAGAAGCAAUUGAACACUAAACAGCGGCAACUGAAAAAAGCCGGGAAUGAGUUAUCGGAAGUAGAUUUGAAAGAGUUGUCACAAGUGACGUCGGAUCAUGCGGUUAUCCAAAAACAACUGGAUAAUGCCAGGAAACAGCAUCGACAGCAUACAGUGUUAAUGCAGGAGUACAAGACAAAACAGCAAGCAAAACUGCAGGCUAGUUUGCCUGCUGCACCGGCAAGCUCCCCAGCGCAGAUUGCGCCGCCAUCACCACUCAUGUCUCCUUCACCAAGUUCACAGCAAACUAUGAUCCAUCAACCUCCGACACAGUCUCCGCUGAAUAAUCCAAUACUACAACCCAGUCAAAGUCCUAUGCACUCGCCUGGACCACUGAUGUCCCAAAGUCCGGGGCCCGGUAGUGUAAAUUCUAUAAUGCAGAGUCCAAGUCACCAUACCAACUCAAACAGUGCAAUGUCUCCUUACAAUACUAUGCAGCAAUCGCCUAGGAUAGGCACACCGCAUUCGCAAGCUGCUGAUGAAAAUCCUUUCAGUCCGGGACCGUCACCUUCUCCAUCAAUACCUGGAAGGUUAACUUCCCCGGCACCGAGAAUGACAUCACCACAGCAUCGAGUGUCUGGCCAGCAAAUGCCACCCGGACGAAUGGUCACUAGCCCUGGAGCUCAAUUUGCCCAGCAAAACAUUAUCAUGCAGAAUCAGAUGAUGGGACAACAGCAAUCACGUUUCGUGAGACCUCAAAUUAUUCCUAACGACCCGAACAUACGUAUGCGUGUUGCGAACUCGCUUCAACAACAGCAACAACAGCAGCAACAGCAAAUGAUGCAACAAAAUCCUAACAUUAGGCAAAUGCAACCCGGUUACAGUUCUCCUCUUGGUAGUCCGCAACCAAUAAUGUCUCCUGGAACACCUCAGCAGCAACAACAACAGCAGCAACAGCAACAACAACAAAUUCAGCAACAGCAAAACAUGCAGCUAAUGCAACAACAAAGGAUGCAGCAAAUGCAACAACGUCAGCAAAUGAUUCUUCAACAACAACAACAACAACAACAGCAACAGAUUAUCCAGCAACAAUCACCACAACUUCCACAAAUGCUGCAACAACAGCAGAUGGGUCAGCAAUUGCAGAUGUCACAGCAGCAGCAGCAGCAACACAUCCAGCAACAGAUGACCCCGAUGCAACAACAACAACAACAAGGCCAGCAGCAAAUUAAUUAUGCCAAACAAAGUCCUGUUCAUCAACAGCCACCGUCGCCACUGUUGAGUCAGGGUGGCACUCCCACUCCUUCGCCUUCACCAAUGCCCCCAAGCCCUAUGUUGUAUUACCAACAGCAGCAACAGCAACAACAACAACAACAACCGUUGCAGCAUCAACAACAGCAGAUGAUACGACGUCCACCAAGUGCCGGGUCGCAGCAUGGUUUGGGGCCUAGUCCCGGGCAAUUCAUUCAACAGGACUCUAUGGAAGGAUCGAUGAAUGUUGCAACUAGUGCUGCCAACAGCAGCAACAACAACAAUACUGGUGGAGGUGGAGGAGGAAUCAAUCAUCCAUCGAAUCCCAUUCCGAUAAUGCCUUGUUUCGGAAAAUACGGAUUCAUAAAACUAGGCCUCCGUGGAGGAUCGCCGAUGUGGGGUAAUUCACGGGGAAACCCACCUAGAGGUCCUAAUCCGAUUGGGCAUUUGCAGCACCAGUUGCAAACUGGGAAUAAACCUCCGGGACAGCAUGUACCAGGUCAGCCGGGACCGUCGCAGCAACAACAUCAAAUCGAAGCGGCUAAAAAGGCCGCAAUGAUGCGCAGUAGGUUAACAAUCUUGCAGAAGGGUAAUCAACCCCAACAAGGUGGUUCCGAGGAAAUUGUUGUGAUCGACAGCAGCCCGGAUGAGAAGCAGAGAAUGGUAGAUUAUGAUGACGAGACAGAUAAACGAUUAGUGACGGCCGAGGUGUCGUUGAGUUCCGUUGCCCAAUCUGCUGCCGAUGGAGAUGAGAUUAUGGAAUCGUUUGCCCACAGCCGAUACGAUACCGGUGCCAGUCCACUGGGAGCCCACAUCGAAGGAGGAGAAUAUGAACUUUUCGGACAGGAUGUUGUCACAGCUGGGAAUAAAGAAACGGAUCGGAGUUUGAGCGUUGAAGUAAUCAAGACUACUAUCAUAAAAGAGGGUGAACAUUCGAACAGUGGACAAAACAAUGAACGUAAUAUUGCCACGACGGAAGAUUUUGAAGCUAUGAUAGAUAGUCGUCCGAAAGAAGCAGAUAGUAAGCAAGAUGAUGAUACCAAGGAACCGACGAGUGAUGAGGUGAUGAAAGCUGGAGUACGAACUCCUACCAAAGACACUACUGUAAUAUCCGUAGGUCUCCAGCAGAGCCCAAAGCCAAUCACAUACCCAGGAAGAAUUGCUCUUCAGAAAACUAUCCUUCAGAAUCGUCCUCCUAUUGUUACAGCAGUGUCGGCGGCUCAUAAGAAAUUAGUGAAGGAUGCCACAGAAAGCGCUAAACUUUCCAUAGGAAACACAACCAUAUCUGUUCCAAUACUCAAAAGCUUUCCAAUGACAGCAACUCCCCCGAAAACUCCUACUGAAGGCACACCCAGUCAAGCAAAACCCGCCCUGCCAAGUCAGACGAAAAAGAUAAUAACUUCCACUGCUAUCUCACUGAGCAAUAUAUCAAAAAAUUCACCUGGGACUGUCAUCGCUGUUGCUGGACAAAAACUAAAUACUACAAACAUAGUACCUCUUUCUUCGUUGAACAUCAAUCAAUCUGCUCCGUUUAUCACAAAGGCCUUCGCUAGAACUGGUCCAAAUGCCCCACAGCAGGCCCAAGGACAUCCUCAAACAACAUCGCAGAUAAAAAUUCAUCAAAUUCCACAAACUUCGAUACAAGGGCCCAGUUCGGCACACUCCCACCAAUUGAUUCAGCAGUCAGCUCCAAUGGAUACUCUAAUUGUCAAAUCGAAACCGAAAGCUCCCUCGCCCGGCAUGAGUUACGCUAAAUUAUCUUCACUUACGGUAACACAGGAUACUUCUUUGCCAAACAAGAUUUUUGAAGAUGAUUCGAUUUCACCGGAUAGCUCCAUUGGCCAGGAGGAUGUCGAACAGCUAGGAAUAGAAAAAGUGGAAGCAUCAAUAGACGAAGCAUCUCGAGCUGAUGGUUCCUCAACGGAAGUUGACAAUCAUCCGAUGGCUUCCCAUGAAGGUUCGAAUGACUCACAUUCUGGCGAAAUGAAGAAGCACGGCGUUAUUCCCGUGCAUGUAAUUUCUAAGUCAAGAGAGAAUUCGAAAAGUCCAAUUCUAGGACCGGUGGGGCAACGUGUUAUCUCGGCAAUGCCCCAGCUAUCACCUCUCUCCCAACCCAAUGAACUGACUAUGAAUGCGAUGAAUGUGUCCCAACAGGUGCGCUCGAUCAUGUCGUCGAUUAACUCUAGCGCUGCACCGCCCGGAUCUUCAAUAAAAACCGAAGCAAGUGGAACGGUGAUUACAACAACUCCAGCCACUUCUGCGAGUACGAUAUCGACCAUAACCUUCGAUACUGUGAUACCUUCACAGGGUGAUAACAUGAGCAAGCCGGAGACGAUUGCCAGUAUUUUGAAGACAGUAUCUGGUAAGACCAUUCUACCAGCAGCAGCGGUAGCAAAUGCAUCGAAUGCUAAUAAAUCUGAGCAAGCGCAGUCCGUUACUACAACGAUCUCAUCGAUUCCCGGAACGAAACUUUUGAAUCAACAAUUGCAAAUUGGUCGCGUUUCUCCAGCGGUUCCCCCUAGUGGAAGUAAUAUUGUGGUAGUGAAGCAAGUGCGCAACCCUCUGCAGAAACAGAUCAGCCAAACGCAGGCACACAAACAGCAGUUAGUGGUAAUGCAACAACAACAAGCCAUGAAGUUUCAACAACAAAACCAACAGCAACUUCAACAACAGCAUCAGCAACAUUUACAACAACAGCAAUUACAGCAACAAGCAUCCCAAGGCGGAGUUAUAAUCCAGGGCCAAGGACGUAUCCAAGCCGUAGAAAUACCGAAAACCAAUGUGGACAAUAGCAGUACUAGCAGCAUAGCUAGCAUCUUGAGCAGCACACUGCAACAACCGCAAACAAGAAUUGUAAAUUUCAGUGAAAUAUCUGCGAACGCGAAUCAACCUCCAGGCUUGGUCGUGACAUCUCGGCCAGGAGUUAUAUCAACGCCUGGCAGUGGUGUGCUGCUGACUAGUACUAGCUCCGGACCUGCAGCACCAACUACGACCAGCAUCUUAAGCGCAACUUUGUCUCAACCGAUGCAAUCCAUCAAAAUAAGUUCACCAACAAUUUCCACGUUGCUUCAGAAUCAAUUGCAAGGUUCCGCAUUCCGGCGAUCUAAAUCUACCGAUGAGGUACCAGCAGGAUUCCCGCGGGAACCAACCAUUCAAGCUGUAAGCAAAAGACUCAGUUUGGAGGCCUCGAACACCGUUAAAAGUGAACCUAUGGAUGCUACAGAUGACAACAACGUAUCUUCUACUUCUACGGUGAGUUCAACCACAGGCCAGGCAAGUGGUUGCAAGUUCUCCACAAUGUCAACCCCUUCCGCAACUAAGGCAGAAUCUGAUAGUCAAAAUGUUCUUUUAAAGCAGCUUUUGCAAAACACGGGAUCGACUACAGCACCUUCAUCGACACCAUCAUCAAUGGCACGGCCAGUUCCAAGUCUGAUGACGAACCAGCGAGCACCAAGUCUGGGUGUUGUAAGCUCUUUGGAAGCCCAACUUGCCCGACCUAUUAUUCCACCUUCUACAAAUCCGCCUGCCAUUCAAAUUAUCAGCACACAAGCCGUAACAAUACCAACAUCAAGUGCCACGCCUAGCGCGUCUGAGCCGCCAAAGGUCAGUACGAAUAAAAUCGUAUCACGAGAAACAUCGUUCGUGUCCAAACCUCCAACGGUAACGAUCUCUUCAAGCCACCCAACACCGCAUUUGUUUGCGAAUAUGCGCGCCGCUAGUAUGAAAAAGGAGGAAAUGAUGCAAGCCGCUGCAGCAUCUGCUGCUGCUGCGUCUGCGGCCUCUUCAUCGUGUGUCACACCACAACCCAUUACCGUCCAAAGUACAGUAAAAACUGAGUCUGGUCAAAUGACCGUCACACAAAUCACCCACCCAGUUAUCCAACCACAGCAUCCACCGCAGCAAAUACUGCAACAACAACUUCUACAACAGCCACAAUCGCAAACAAUUCAAUUGCCGGUAUCUUCUGCUGAUAUGCAAAGCAUGACCACGUACAUUAAACGGGAACCAACACCGGUGCAAACCAUGCAGAUGAAGCCUCCCGAACAACUGCAUCAACAGCAGCCGCCACAGAUUCUCCAACAACAGUCACCGGUUCAACAUCAUCCAAUAUCUCGUACACCAACUCCUGUAGAAGUGAAAAAAGAGUUCCCCGAAGAACCUGCGGUCGGCCCGUCUCCUGUUUUCCCUUCACCGGCUUCGACGCCUAACGAUACCAUUAAACAGGAACUUCCCAUCACAUCAGCCUCGAACAAAGAGGAGCCCGUGGAACAAAUCUCAUUGGAAGCUGCUGCCAAAACGGCCGCCGAAAUAGCCCACGAAUUGAAGAAAAAGAAGCGCCGAGAAUAUCAGAAAAAUCGCCGUCAGCAGCAGCUGUCUAACAAGGAGCAGCAUCAUCAGUCCAAGAAAAAACCUCGUAAAGCUGCCAAACUCGAGGAAGAUUACGACACGUACAUCGACAACCUGAUGCUCCAGCUACGUCAGUUACCUCCGAUGCAAAUCCUAGAACCACUUCUUCCCCGAAACUACGGAAUCUGUCAACUAUUUGGCACAGGCGACUUAGCCAAAUUUACCAAUAUGAAGAAUUACUCGAUUGCAAACGGAGAUCUUACUGGAACUUACGGGCAUGCGCAAAUUCCGAACGUUGCUGACUUUUACAACACGAAACCUUUCGGCGUGAAAGUUCCUCCCCCGGAAACUGUACCACCGUCCACGCAACGAGGUUUCUACGAUCAGGAGUUUCCGCCAAUCAAAUUCGAAAACGAGGAUCGUGGGCGAUACGAUUUCGUCAAGGACCGAGAUCUGGAUUCUCCGGACACGAUAGUGAGUACAUCUAGUCCCGAGUGCAUUCGAUGGGAGUCUCCGAUUCACUUCCCUGGAUUGCGAGUCAUCAAGGAGGAAGGCGCUGAAGAUGAGCAAACGAUGAUUUUCAAACGCAUGUCACCAAUAAUUCCGAUUGUCGCUCCAAUUCCCAUACGAUUGAAGAAGGGAAUCUCGUUAUCGACCGACAGAUCGUUCAGUUUACUCGGACCUGGUAGCAAUAAGGAAAACGAGGGAAUGAAAGAACCACUUGGAAUUAAAUCGAAAUUCGGUCCACCAACACCAUUGAAGGACUCCAGCAAUGUGACCGUCACAUUGACGUUGACCUCAUCUGCCGCGGAGGAUAUCAUUGGGGUGUUACGAGAUCUUGCGAAUAUAUUGGAAAUCCCACCUCCAAUGUCGUACCAGAUAGUGGAACGGACUACUACUCCACCUAGUCAGAAGCUUGGUCUGUACAGGACUAAGGGUCGCGACGGAAAGGAAGGAGCACCCAUUGAUAUCCAAACCAUAUUGAACGGAGCCGCCAAGUUCUGUAGGCAUUGCGACGUAGUAAUCUUGAACACGCUGAUUACAGCCAAACCAUCCGAGUUUCCAUUAUUGGCGAACAAUAUGAAUCAGGAACUAGAGUCAGAGGAGUUAUAUUUCUGCAGUAAGGCGUGUUAUAGGCAAUUCCAAUGGCGUCCGACGAAUAUUUUGGAAGACAAACUUAUUGGCGCUGAUGGCAGCAAAUUACGCGACAACCUUUCAUCAAAGUUCGAUUUGGACCUGGACGAAAAUCUGAGUAUGGGUGCUUUGGACAUCAAACAGGAAGACGGUGAUGUCAGUAUGGCUAGCAUUCGGUCUUCGGAUAGCAAAGAUUCUUCUAUCAAUGAACGCAAGAAGAAGUUAGACGAGAUAGACAAAGAAACUGGCCCUCCGCCGAAGCAACUGAAAGGCGUCAAGUACAAGUUCUUUGGUUCGAACUGUUUUGCGAUUCAAAGAUACAAGAAGCCUACGGAGAAAGAAAUCACCGAGACAUUGUUCCGUAUGAACAUCACUGUAACACCCACCCCUAAAAUGCCGGAUGACACCAGACGAUGCAUUUUCUGUCACACCACUGGGGAUGGAGUUGCUGAUGGUCCUUCGCGUCUCCUGAACUAUGAUGUCGACAAGUGGGUCCACUUGAAUUGUGCUCUCUGGUCCGACGGAGUCUACGAAACCGUAAAUGGUGCAUUGAUGAACCUGGAAAAUGCCCUCCAGCAAAGCCUUAGCUCGGCUUGCACCUUUUGCAACAAUCUUGGCGCGACGAUCAAGUGCUUCAAGACACGCUGCGCCAAUAUGUAUCAUUUGAGCUGUGCCAUGAAGGAUAGUUGCGUAUUCUACAAAAACAAAUCGACCAUGUGUCAAUCACAUGCCUCAAAGAUGGAGAAGGAUUCAGAACUGACCACACUCAGCGUCCAACGACGUGUCUACGUGGACCGGGAUGAGAGCCGCCAAGUGGCUUCGGUAAUGCAUCACUCCGAGUCAAGCAACCUGCUACGGGUAGGCAGCCUGAUCUUCUUGAGUGUCGGUCAGCUGCUGCCCCACCAGUUGCAGAAUUUCCACACUCCCAACUACAUUUACCCGAUUGGAUACAAAAUUAUGCGAUUCUACUGGUCGAUGCGGCGGCCAAAUAAACGCUGUCGCUACGUGUGCUCGAUUGCGGAUGUGUGCGGUCGGCCAGAGUUCCGUGUUUUGGUCCAAGAGCCAGCCGAGGAGGAUAUCGAGCUUCGGGACAUCACACCAAAGGCCGUUUGGCAGCGGAUAUUGGACCCGAUGGCCACAUUGCGGAAGGACAGCCAAAUAGUGCAGCUCUUCCCUAAGUACGUUACCGGUGAGGAUCUUUUCGGCUUGACUGAACCGGCCGUGGUUCGCAUUCUGGAAAGUCUUCCCGGCAUCGAAACGUUAACUGACUAUCGGUUCAAGUAUGGUCGUAAUCCGCUGCUGGAACUGCCCUUGGCCAUUAAUCCUUCCGGAGCGGCUCGGACGGAACCAAAAUUGAAGCAUUCGCUAACAUGGAAGAAACCACAUACUCAGCGCACCGGCUCGGUCACUCAGCGACCCACAUUUGUGCCAACUAGCUCACCGGCUGGCGAAGUCGCAUGUCCAUACAGCAAACAGUUUGUACAUUCCAAGAGUUCCCAGUAUAAGAAGAUGAAACUUGAAUGGCGCAAUAAUGUUUUCCUUGCACGAUCAAAAAUCCAAGGGCUGGGUCUGUAUGCGGCGAGGGAUCUAGAGAAGCACACAAUGGUGAUCGAGUACAUUGGAGAGGUCAUUCGUACGGAGGUCUCAGAGUUGCGGGAGAAACAGUACGAAGCACGGAACCGUGGCAUCUACAUGUUCCGGCUGGAUGAAGAACGUGUGGUGGACGCGACCUUGUCCGGUGGAUUGGCUCGGUACAUCAACCAUUCGUGUAAUCCCAAUUGCGUGACGGAAACCGUCGAGGUCGAGCGAGAACUACGCAUCAUCAUUUUCGCCAAGCGUCGAAUCAACCGUGGCGAGGAACUGUCCUACGAUUACAAGUUCGAUAUCGAGGACGACGCACACAAAAUUUCCUGCAUGUGCGGUGCUCCCAAUUGUAAAAAAUGGAUGAACUAAGUUGAACGCAGAAUGCGUAUACGGAGAUCGUUGUGUAGUACUAUUUGUUUAAUUAUUCUAUAAUUGUGUAGUUCAGUUAGAACAGCAAAUUUAGUUCUAGGGUUGUUUAGUAUUCUCAAUGUUUUUUAGAAUAGGUUUAUUUGUAUUUCGAAAAAGUCAGUUCUAACAGAAAUCAACAGCUAUGAUAUGACAUAACUAAGAUAAAAAUUGAACUAGUCUUAAGAAAAAAGUUUCAGAACAGGAAUAUUAUUAAUUAUGUGUUUAUUGCAAGAUGUGUAACUAGAGUUGGUUCAAUAGUGUUUAUCAUGAUGAUCGGUUACCUUGUAGCUGUUCUUUUUCACAAAUUUCUCCUGUUAGUGAGACUAGCAGAAUUAACCCUCAUUAAAAAUUAAUGUUCUGCUCUAGCUAGAAGCACCGUCGAACUAGACCUACGCAGGAGAAUCCCAAGCUAGGAUCGAUUCAAAUAGGUUUUGUAGAAGAUUAAGUAGCAAAACAAAACAGUACAUCAGCAUUAGUAAACUAGGUAGACAGAGAUUAUUUCCAAUUCGAAAUAAAAACAAAGGACACGAACGGAUAAAAUCUGGGAUUAAGGAAAUCAUCUUAUUAGACAAAAAACAAUCUAGAAAAAUAAGACACAAAAGUACUUGAUAAACAAUAAUGAGCGAAAACCCUAUCUUAAGAGGGAUCAAAGAUACAACAAAACUAGAAUCACCUCCCACAUCAAUAUAUUUUCGGACGAUUGUUUUGCAAUAUAUAUUUUGUAUACUAAAUCAUAAAUGUUAACUAGAAACAAAUCUCUUCUCAGUUGAUUGAGAACGAUUGAAGCACCCCCCGUAGCAGUGCUAUGCUGGGUGGUAGAAGAUGUAAUUAUUAUUGGUUGCCCUGAACCAUAGAGUACCGCUUGAGUAUGAUAAGCAAGUGCGUAGCAAUAGACAAGCACCUCUGUGUUGAUCAAAACGAUAGAGAAAUCACGGCUAGGACGCUUGAAGUAUACAUAUUUGUAAUAUAUAAGCUUUAAAAUGGCACGAGGAAAUAGAGCAGUGAAAAAUUA